CGCUGUUCUUUCCAUUGUCUACUUCCGGUCUGUGCCAGUCUAUCCUCCCGAGUUCUAUAGUUCCGGCCGGUGACGCUCUAGCCUCCCCGCUCUAUGGUUCCGCUGUAGCGAUUCGGUUCCUGUCGAAGUGCAGCGCUCUCGGUCCCGCUGUACUCCCCCCUCGGUUCCCCGGGACGCACAGCACAGUCAUGGCCGCCGCCCGCAGGUCCCGCGCUGACUCCCGCUGCGUCCUGCGCUUCUCCGACCGAGAACUGUGCUGAACCCCGGGAGCUGCCGACUCCGCUCAGUAUGGCGGAAGGUGAUAAGGAUUGUUACUCUGACAUCCUGAAAACGGAUGAAAAUGGAAGACCGGGAGAAACCAAUCUUCAGGAAGAACUUCAAAUGUUCAGAGCACGCUGGAUGUCUGAACUCACUCCCGGAUUGAGUUCGGGAUUAGCAAAUUCUGGGUCCCGCAAGGCGGCAGCUAGAGGGACUGUGGGAAAGAUUACAGAUACCAAAGUGAAGUUUGAGUUGGCAAAAGAGGAGAAAGCAAGAGAACUUUUUCUUAAAGCUGCAGAGGAAGAACAAAAUGGAGCACUCUAUGAAGCCAUCAAAUUUUACCGUCAAGCCAUGCAGCUGGUGCCAGACAUUGAGUUUAAAAUUAACUAUAACAUGUCUCCUGAUGGUGAUGGAGUAGGGAAAAAAUUCAUUGAAGAUGCAAAUGAUGACAGUAAGAUGGCUGACCUGUUAUCUUAUUUCCAGCAGCAGCUGACAUUUCAAGAAUCCACCCUCAAACUUUGUCAGCCAGACUAUGAUUUCAGUCAGACUCAUAUUUCAGCGCUCCCAAUGGAGGUGCUGAUGUAUAUUUUCCGUUGGGUGGUUUCAAGUGAUCUUGAUCUCAGAUCAUUAGAGCAGCUAUCUUUGGUCUGCAAAGGUUUUUAUAUUUGUUCAAGGGAUCCUGAGAUCUGGCGCCGGGCAUGUUUUAAGAUAUGGGGAAGAAGCUGUGUGAAGCUGGUCCCUUACACUACAUGGAGACAGAUGUUCCUAGAAAGACCACGUGUUCGAUUUGAUGGUGUCUAUAUCAGCAAGACCACAUAUAUACGCCAGGGAGAGCAGUCUUUGGAUGGAUUUUACAGGGCUUGGCACCAAGUGGAAUAUUACAGGUAUAUAAGAUUCUUUCCUGAUGGUUACAUUAUGAUGUUUACCACUCCAGAGGAGCCCCAAGCAAUUGUACCUCGUUUGCGAACUAAAAAUGCAAGAGCUGAUGCAGUGCUGUUUGGCCAUUACCGUCUGUCUCAAGAAACUGAUAACCAAACCAAAGUAUUUGCAGUGAUAACCAGCAAGAAGGAAGAGAAACCAACAGAAUACCAAAGGUAUCGCUAUUUCCGUCGCUCCCCAGUUCAGGAAACUGACCGCAGCUUUCAUCUGGGGCUUCAAAUAUGCUCAAGUGGUCGCCAUAAAUUCAAUAAGCUAGUUUGGAUUCAUCAUUCUUGCCACAUUACGUAUAAAUCAACUGGAGAAACUGCAGUGACAGCCUUUGACAUUGACAAGAUGUACACCCCAUUGUUCUUUGCCCGUGUGAAAAGUUAUACUGCAGUGUCAGAAAGGCCUCUUUAAGGUCUUUUUUGUUUUAACGUCUGCAUGAAUUACAGAUAAUAACCAAGCAUACACACUCUGAUUUCUUUUUUAAUUUUACUGCAAGUGACAGUUGUUUUCUAUGAUAUGGCAAAUAGUUUUAAUUUAGGGGUUGGGAAAACACCCAUCUUUUUCUUCUUAUGCUGCAUUUUAUUUUUCAUAUAAUAGACAUUUUGAGCAUACUAUAUUCUGGCAAUUGUAAAUAAUUUAAGAAGUAAACAGAUCACCCACAUUAAGACACACAUUACUGGAAAUUCGGGUGUUCACUUUUGUUACCUUGAUAUCUUUCUUCGUUGAUCUGAUAUAUUGCUGUAGAAAAGCUCACUAGCGAGGUCAUUUAUGUUCUUUGUUUAAAGAUUACAAAAAAUAACUUUUUGUUCUGCAGACUUGAAGCAAAUUUGUUCAGUCACUUUAGUCAUCACUAUAUAAGUGCAUUGCAUACUACAUACACAUUAUGCUUAUUGAUUUCCAAGGUAAUGGAAUGUUUGUUAUACAAUAUAUUUAUGUAGACAUUGAGUUAUUUUAACAUCCUAUGGCAUACAAUGAAUGGAUAGUGGCAGCGGUAAUUAUCUCUGUAUCUGCACGCACUAAGGUACCCUGUUCUCAUGUUUUCAGAAUGUGAUCAUUUUUUCUAGGGGUGUGGUUUAAGACCAGUUGGCUAUAGGGAUUUAUUUUACCAUACAUUAAGUUGCUUUUGAACUUUAUAUGUUAUUCGUUCCCUCAGUUAUUGCACAUUUUCUGUUUCCAUCUUUGUACAAUAUAGUUAUGCUUAACUGACACAGUUAACCUUUAAAUAUAAUGGGUUCCUUCACAAAAUUGGUAAUUGUUAAUUACCUUCACAUGGCACAUGAUAGGCCAUAGUAGCCAAACUGAAAAAAUAUGGAGAAUGUUUCCAGAUCUGCUAAGCAGGCCUAAAUAUGCACUCAUGUCAAUUCUUCAAUACCCAAGUUUCGUGACUAACGCUAUAUGCAUAUUGUGCAGGUUGCAUUUUUGCAGACUGUAUAAGGCAAUGGACACGUUCUGCUUUGACUGUUGAAUAGGUUAUAGCUGUUUGGUAGUUCAGAGCUUUUUAUUUUUACUCUGUGAGAGGAAAGUAUAUACUAUAAAGCAUCGUGCUUCUAGUCCAUUCACAUGAAAGGAUUGAAUGUUGUGUCUAUUAAAUUGCAUCAUAUUAUACAGCAAAGCUGUUACUUUUCAAGUACUUACAGUGUUAAACAUUCAUAAUUUAGAAUGACAUGACACUGAGGCCCUUCUCACUUAGAUGAGGCAAAUCUUUUAUGUUCUUUUUUUGUGGGGAACUGACACAGCUUGCUGUGGGCUAUACACCAAUUUUAAAUUUUUGGUUCCUGUAUGAAUGUGAAUGCUUUCUUAUAUGAAUGCUGCUUCCUAUGUUAUGCAUUUUUAAUGACAACUUAAAAUAUUGGUAAUUACACUGUAAAUAUAAGAGUAUAGAAUUAAUAGAAAGAAGAUUAAAUAUAAGUGGUUUAUUCACUAAACCUUCAGUUUCAGCUAUGUAACUUGAUAGAUGAAACUUGCUUCCAAUAAGGAGCAUUUAUGUAGCCCUAAGCAUAACCUGGCGUACAUGUAUUUAAAGUAGAACUGCCGUUAACAUAUGUGUAUAUCAGGAUCCCCUUAAUGUAUAACUUCUUCCAUGAUGUAUUGCUUUGAAAAUCUCCAACAAACAUUUAAAGUCUGACAUGGGGGAAAAUACCUGUUGGUGUUUGUUGGUCCAGAGGGAGUUAGGUAAAGGCUGAUGGAAAUCAGUGUAACCUAUGUGAUAACUAUUGGGGAUAUAAGUAGCUCCCACAGUGCCAAGCAUAUCCCAUAAUUAUUUACCUUAUGAUCAGACAGUAGGCAUCUUAUGAUGCUACACUUGGGUUUGGGGUGAUAUAAUUGCAGUCUUCCACACCUGCAGUUAAAUUUUAUCAUUUGCUUCAACAUAACUGGGAGUAAAACUCAUUAUGGGUAUAGAGUUAUUGUGGCUCUGUCACCUCAAACUUAAACUUCUCAUAUUGUAUUUUUCCUACACUUGGAAAUCUUAAAGGAUGGAGCUGAGGGCAAGCUUCACCCUUUGUUAAAUAGGAAAAUUACAUAAGUCAAAGUAGUCUCUACUUUGUCUUGUUUUAUAAAAAAAUAAAUGUGAAGUUAAGAAAAGGACAGAGACUGAAUGAAGAAGAGAAUACAAUAGGAGAAAGGUAAGUUUGAGGUGACAGACACUUUCAUUAUAUGCUGUAAGUUGUAGCAAAGAGGCUACCAAGCUUCAUAGAUGAAUUGCAUUGUCUGUAAAUUGAUACCAUGUCAUAUUUAUAUACAUCCUAAUAGAUGUUUAUAUCCGGAUAUGUCACCAUGAGCUUAUUGAUCCACACAGGUUUUUAGGUACCCAUGGAUAUGCUCAGCUGGCAAGUUUAGCGGAAGUGGAAUUCAGUUAGUAACAAUGACAAUAAUUCUUAAGUUGCUACCUGGGAAUUAAACAAAUUCUCACUUCUUCUAAUUUGCCAUUUAGGGAAUAAACCACUUAUUUUGUAAAAUUAUUUCCAUGAAAAUUUGGUGAGAAAUGUAUUGAAAUUUUUUUAUUUAAUAUUGCUUGUUGCUCUGGGGGUUACAAAUGCUAUUUUAAUAAAGAGUUGAAUUGUCUCAAUCUUCUGUAACUGUCUGUUUUUAAAAAAAGGUUGCAUUCAGGGAUUGUCCCAAUUUAAAUGUCCUAAUGUAACCAAAAUAUACAGUUUUGAAUGUGCUGUGCAUCAGGCUUUCUUUUCUGUAAAGGUUACAUCUUCAAAUCGUUGAAAUUGUGCUUGACAAUAAAUGUUGUCCAUGCAAUUAA